AGUUUGUGCGCAGGCUUAUAUGAAUGGACAGUCCUUCGACGCCGAACAAUCGGCACUGGAGUAGAAGUAGUUUCGGAAGUGAUACAGACGCGAUGACCGUGUGCACAACAGUGAGCGUGCGGAACAGUCUGGGCAGUGGCAACGGGAUCCUCGAGGAAGAAGAGUUGUCCGAGGUUGAUCAAGAUGUGGAGGAUGAAGUUUUCGUGCGGGAACCGAAUCGUCGCGGUUUCUCCUUGCUUUCCUCUGUGGGAGACUUCAAGAACAGGGAUCCGGCUUUGGUGAAGCCGUUGAUGGCUCCACGGAAGAAGCUUCAUGUGGAUAACAAUUCGGUGGUAUUGAGGAGAGGGAUGCUGUGCAGAACCUUGUGCCCCUUCAUUUCCUACUUGAUUUUGGCUUUCCUUCUGUUUUUAGGCUUGAUUGGACUAGUUGUCUUCAUAGUGAAUUAUGUGAUGGUUGCGAUUCCGCUUCCUCGUAUCAUGACGUCGUCGUGGAAGUCGCAGGCCCCCUCCUGUGAGCAAGUGUCAAGUGCUGAAGACUGGGUACAAAAGAUGGAAGGAGUGCAGGUUACGGCCUUUGCCAAUUUCAAGAUAACGGACGACCUCGUGUCCGAUGUGGUUUUGGCGUUCUCAACUGGUUUGGCAGGCUUGUCUGGUGCACAAUUGGCCUGUGAUGCCUUCUUCAGCCGCUACAUUGAGCAGGAUACCGUCAAGGAAUACGGGAGAUCAUGUGUUGGAGGUCUGCGUGCUAUUGACGGUGCAUCCGGGAAAGUUGUAUGGAACACUUGGGUGGACCAGGUCAUUGAUGGUAUCGAUUGCUCUGAAGAUUUGGAUCAUGACGGCACCCUGGACUGCUUGAUUUGGGGACUAAGAGGUGCAGAUUUGGUCAGUGGGAAAACGGGUCGAAAGCUGUGGACAUUUGCACCGCAGUUAUUCCCGUUGGAAGAAACAACCAGCACUGAACCCGGGAAUAAUUCCGCUUCCUUUCACGGAUUCAUGACUGGCGACAUCAAUGGAGACCAGAUUGCGGAUGUCAUCGUGACUCUGCUGUUUGAUUGCACAUUCCUUCAAAGUACGGAUAUUUCAUUCAUAUGGGCGUUGAACGGAAAAAGUGGAGAAUUGUUGCUACCAACUGAUGGUCCAAAGAAUGAAAUCAGAGGCAUUGAAUUGGAGCCAAUAUGCCAGAAACCUGGAGUCAUUAUGUCUUCAGAUGGCUCCAACCAACUCCUAAUCAUCACGCAAAAUGGAGUCAAAUUGUGUCCCUUGGCGUCUGCAUAUUUCAUGCAGGACUGUGCUGUUGGAUCUGAUUUAAAGAAAGCAAGAGGAGCCUCGGUUGCUGAUUUUCCUGCAAAGGUCGCCUUGUCGCCCCGUUUCGUCGACCUGACGAAUGACGGGAUGGAUGAUGUCAUUUUGUGCCUGCAAAACGCGACCAUUGCUCUGAAUCUGAACAGUGCUGAAGGAAAGAGCGUCAUUUGGAUCCACCGUGCGAACCCGAAUGUUGACGAUUGUGCUGAUAUUGCUGUUGGACAGUACGAUUCUGAUUCGGUGCCUGAUGUGGCUGUUCGCUACGUCAUCCAUGGCCCGAAUUCACUCGGAUUUUCACAACUGGUUAUCAUAAAUGGCAAGGAUGGCACAGAAAUGGAAUCGAGAAUAGUUGGACCUGAAUUCCGACCUCGAAAAUCUAAUCGAUGGCGUGGUUCUUCCGGAAUCUUGACAUUAUCCCUUCAGUCCGUAUUGUCGUCAAAUGAUGAGUUGGGCAGAGAUGUCGACCUUUUCAUGAUGCCCAUGUCGAACGAUGGCACAAAAGAUUCGCAGUUGAAUAAGAACGCAGAUGCGGAUAUCGGUAAUUGGUCGAGCCGGUCCCUCGCUCGAGAAUACCUCGAGAUGCACCCAGAAAUUCAGCGCAAAUACGUCGAAGGUUCGUCGCUUUUGAAGCCAAGCGAAGCUGACCCAUCUGAAGCAGACGCUGAAAGCGAUGAUUCUCCAGCAUACGAAUCGCCUGCUGACGGAUUGCUUGCGCCGAAUCCAGAUUACUUCGGGGUUCCGUCUUCCAUGUCGUAUCCAAGAAAGCAUGGUGCUCGAGACAAGUGGGGAUUCAAUAUUGCUGGCGGCGGAUCAUCGAAAACCUGGGAUCGUAAAAAGGGACCUGAUGUGCAACGUUUGGUGCUGCGGAAGCCCGUGUACGAUGACGUGAGUGCUUCUCGGGUUCCGGGUCACUCGAAGCGCAACAAAGCGCGGAGGAAUAAGGACGUGUCGCAUUACCCGGGAUACUUGGAUCGACGAAAACGAUCCCCUUCCGAUGACGUGGUUCAUAUCCCCGUUGUAAGCCUGGGCUUGAUUUCGAGUGACAACGGGGAAAAGAAUGCGGUGGACCUGAUUGCUAGCUUCACUUGGAUUCCUGUCGCGAAAUACAUGUUGACAGCGGGAAAGUGCUUGUCGCAACUUUUGAAGGAUGAAGCUGCCGGGUUCCCUGAUUUGAACAUUUGCAAGCAAGAAGGAAAUGAAACAAUUCCAGCCUCUGCGUUUUCCAUGGAUCUCCCGCUGACACUUGUGAGAAAAUUGCGGGUGGAAUGCGCGUGCAAACCUAUUUCGACGACACAAGCUGCAUUGAAUUACAUUUUGCGGACUGAAGCAGAUGCGUGUCCGAAAUUUGUCAAACGUCAGAGAUGGAGUGGUGUUUUCGGCUCCUCUAACGACGGCCAUUUUGAAGCACUGAUGGUUCCGACGACAAAUGGCUAAAGAAACGCUGAUCCUCUCAUCGUGGUUGUUUUUCCCCGUGUGUUCAUUUCCAUCACGAAGCUGUCGCUAAAACAUUUAAGACGGUAAUGUGAGAACGAAGGUCGGGAUCUCGUCUGCGUGGAAAUGUGAACUCUGCUUAAAUUCCGUGGCUUGCGUAUUAUUCAAAAUGUAUUUAGCAUCUUCGGGGAGCCUUUCGCGUGGAGUACCGGAUUCUACAUGGGUGCGUUGUGUACGGGUGCUUCGAAGUCUCUCGGAAAUUGUGUUCUGUUCACUUUUUUUGGAAUAGUGAAAUCCGUGUCACCGAGUGAAUGGUGAAGCGUUUUUUUUUUUUUUUUUUAAACUAUCAGUGGACGAUAAAUGCAUUUGAAUUGCAAUUCGUGACUAACCCGUGUGAAGUUAAGAUAGGGUCGUGUGGCUUUUGUGAAACGAAUUCACGCGCGUUGUGUUCGAUUACGAUGGAACUUUAGAAGUAAUUUGCCAGCAUUUAUGAUUCAUAUUUGAGUACAGUAAUUAUUUGAUAUAAUCACGUGCUAGAUUCAAUGCAGUUCUUAGUUCCCUUAAUCCUAGAAUCGAUGUACAGUACUGUACUGUAUUUCGCAAAUGCCAACUCCUUUCUUCAAGUUUCAUUUUCUCGAUUUUGGUACCAUUUCCAUAACAUUUUUUUGGGUAUCAUCGAAAAAACGUUAAGUAUAUAUUGAUGCUCUGUUUUUUUGUGGGACUUUCCAAGAAGUUCAUCCGUGAAGAGUUGCGCAUUCAUGAAAUGGGUGAAGCACUGUAUAUAGUGGCCGAAUAUUUUAGCAAGUGAUGAUAAAUGAGGGCUACUUUUUUUUUAAUCUAGGAGGCUGGGUAUUAUUCAAGAAACUAAAUGAUUCAAUUAUGUAGACCAGCUUGAAUAUAUGUAAAAAUCAAGACGCUCGUAACGCUAAUUGUUACCAUGGGUGAGGUUUGUUAUUGUGAUAAACACUGAAUAAAGAGGAUGGACUUUGAUGGUAAAUGCCGGCACGGUGGAAUAAUUGGUUCCAGUGCAGACAAAGUUUGAGGAAUGGUGGUGAAAAUAGUUGGUGCAGUACAGUAAUUCUCUUGGGUUGAACACAGCUCACCUGGAUUUCGAUGUUCGGUAAUCGGCAAACUGGAAGCGUUCAGUUUUUGUUUCCGCGUUGCUGCUUUAGUCUGCAGAAGUUUUUUUUUGUUGGUAAAAUGGCGAAUAGUUUAAAUUGCUGCCUGGAAAAGCCCUUGACCUGACCUAAAAGUCGCGUCGCUUAUUGUUACGCUUCCGGCCGUGUCACAAUAUUUUUUGUAUACGUCGUGGAGUUGGAUCCGUUGCAACAAUUCAGCUGAUGCUUGUCGCGUGAAAGAAUACUUUAUUGCGGAAUAAAAUCUUCCUGAAA